CGCAGCAAUGCCAAGAGCCCCCGAGUCCUCCUUACCACUCACAGGUAAUAUGUACACUUCGAAGCUCUGGCUCCUGGCGGCAGUGCCCUCACAAGCUCGGACCAAACGGCCAAACAAACAAAAGAGGCCUGAAAAAGGAGACAGGAUCGUGCCUCACCCUUAUAAUUCCAUCAUUGUCGUCACUUUCAACACCAACUUGUCAGGUCGGAUCACUUAACCGAGCGGCUUAAGAUGAAGGACCUCGUCGCGUAUGGCAUCGCGGGGAUGGUCCUUGAUAGCUCAACCGACACGGUCAUAUACGAGCGGUUCAUUCAGCGCGGCGGCCAUAAGGGCAUCCUUUGCUAUCACGGAACAUUUGACUCUGGAAUCCUACUAGAACAUGCUUCGCAUGGCAACAUCCGAUCCUACCUCGAUAACCACCCGCCGAUGAGAAGAGAAAGAUACAGUGGCUCUUACAAGGUUGCGGAAGCUCUUGACUUUGUCCUCCAAUGUGGCGUUAUCCACGGAGACGUCAACGGGUUCAACGUGCUGCUCGAAGGCGCCUUGAUGCGAAACUUGCGGAUUUCGCCGGGAUUGUCUGACGGGAUGAUAAUUGACCAUUAUGCAAAGGGGAAGUUUUCUGAAACCGAGUCGCCAGGAGUUGUUGGCAGCAUCAUCACAAAGUGUUGGCGGGAAGAAUACGCAGAAUGCAAACCGGUUGUUCACGAAUAAAAGCCGCUCGGCAGAGCCUCCUCACCUAGAGCGUUGACAGCAUUCGCCCUUCCAUAUACACACCCGCCAACGCCGCACUUGUUCUUGCCGCUGUUGUCGUUGUCGCCGCCUCGGUUCUUGUCAAGCUCAGGUCAUCCAGGCUUCACCAACUGUCAUAAGCAGAGCGAACUUACCUGCGCUGGACAGGCUUUCACGAGAGGCACUUCGGACAAGCUCCAUGCUUAGUACUUGUUCCAAGAGUGAUCACGUUGCCGCUCAAGUCCUCGGCGGGUGUGGGAUCGGUACAACACAUCAAUCGUAG